CCAAAAUAAAUAAAUAAAUAAAUAAAUAAAUAAAUAAAAGAAAAAACUCCAACCGCCAUUUUUCGUUUUCUUCGAUCUCUUCACUCUCUUCUGCAACCACUCGAGUGGAGAUAACGACGGCAGUGAAGGGAAUGAUGAUGAGGAGCAGUUCAGAUGUUCAUUCUCAGACGCUCUUCAAUGGCAAGUACGUUAAUCAGAUUGAUCUUCUCCGAGACAAUCGUCCUCCCUCGCUCCGGUUGAGCCGGUGUGGUCGUCGAGUUCGGCUCACUCGCUGUCAGGACUCAAGCAGCGCGUUCAAGCCCAAAAGGCGGGAGCCGCCGCUGGGAAGCCUAUCCCGAGCGCAAGCCAUCCUCACGCCGGUCUCAGACACUACUCCCACCACUAAGAAGCGGGUAUUCACUUUUGGCAAAGGAAGGAGUGAGGGCAACAAGGGCAUGAAGUCCUUGUUGGGAGGGAAAGGAGCCAACCUUGCAGAGAUGGCGAGCAUUGGGUUAUCUGUGCCGCCUGGUCUCACCAUAUCAACGGAAGCAUGCCAGGAGUAUCAGCAGAAUGGGAAGAAACUACCAGAGGGCCUGUGGGAGGAGAUAUUAGAAGGGUUGGAGAGUGUGGAGAAGGAUAUGGGAGCUUUCCUUGGUGACCCUUCCAAGCCCCUCCUCCUCUCUGUUCGCUCUGGUGCUGCGGUUUCCAUGCCUGGAAUGAUGGACACUGUCCUCAACCUUGGACUAAACGAUGAAGUAGUUGCUGGUUUAGCUGCAAAAAGUGGAGAGCGCUUUGCUUAUGACUCAUACAGACGAUUUCUAGACAUGUUUGGAGAUGUUGUAAUGGGCAUUCCACAUUCAUCAUUUGAGGAGAAGUUAGCAAAAUUGAAGGACACCAAAGGAGUUAAUAGUGAUACUGAUCUGACAGCUGCACAUCUCAAAGAGCUGGUGGAAAUGUAUAAGAAUGUCUACCUUGAAGCUAAGGGUGAAAGGUUUCCUUCGGAUCCAAAAAAGCAAUUAGAGUUAGCAGUCAAAGCUGUUUUUGAUUCUUGGGACAGUCCAAGGGCAAUUAAAUAUCGGAGCAUCAACCAGAUAACUGGGUUAAAGGGGACUGCAGUGAACAUUCAGUGCAUGGUGUUUGGGAACAUGGGAAAUACUUCGGGUACUGGUGUUCUAUUCACUAGAAAUCCAAGCACCGGUGAAAAGAAGCUGUAUGGGGAGUUUUUGCUCAAUGCUCAGGGAGAGGAUGUAGUUGCUGGAAUUAGAACACCAGAGGAUUUAGACACCAUGAAAAAUUGCAUGCCUGAAGCCUACAAGGAGCUUGUGGAGAACUGCGAAAUUCUAGAGCGACAUUACAAAGACAUGAUGGAUAUCGAAUUCACUGUUCAAGAAAAUAGGCUAUGGAUGUUGCAGUGCCGGUCUGGAAAGCGGACUGGUAAAGGGGCAGUGAAGAUUGCCGUGGAUUUGGUCAAUGAAGGGCUUAUUGAUACUCGCACUGCCAUCAAGAUGGUAGAGCCACAGCACCUCGACCAACUUCUCCAUCCACAAUUUGAGGCUCCAGCUACAUACAAAGAAAAGGUAGUUGCCACAGGGCUACCGGCAUCUCCUGGAGCGGCUGUAGGGCAGGUUGUGUUCAGUGCUGAGGAUGCUGAAGCAUGGCAUGCACAAGGAAAGAGUGUCAUCUUGGUAAGGACAGAGACCAGCCCAGAGGAUAUUGGGGGCAUGCAUGCUGCUGUAGGGAUCUUGACAGCCAGGGGUGGCAUGACAUCUCAUGCAGCUGUUGUAGCCCGUGGGUGGGGAAAGUGUUGUGUUUCUGGCUGCUCUGACAUCCGUGUAAAUGACACUGAGAAGGUAGUUGUAGUUGGAGACAAAGUGAUCAAAGAAGACGACUGGAUUUCACUCAAUGGGUCUACAGGUGAAGUGAUCUUGGGAAAACAGGCACUUGCUCCACCGGCUCUGAGCGGUGAUUUGGAGACCUUCAUGUCUUGGGCUGAUCAGAUAAGGCAUCUCAAGGUUAUGGCGAAUGCUGAUACACCUGAUGAUGCUCUAACAGCAAGAAAUAAUGGUGCCCAAGGAAUUGGACUUUGUAGGACAGAACACAUGUUCUUUGCUUCAGAUGAGAGGAUAAAGGCAGUGAGAAAGAUGAUAAUGGCAGCUACACAUCAACAGAGGAAGGCAGCUUUAGACCUCUUAUUGCCUUAUCAAAGAUCUGACUUUGAAGGCAUAUUCCGUGCAAUGGAUGGUCUACCUGUGACAAUCAGACUGCUGGACCCUCCACUACAUGAAUUCCUUCCAGAAGGUGACCUAGACCAUAUUGUUGGUGAAUUAACUGCAGAGACAGGCAUGACUGAAGAUGAAGUUUUCUCAAGGAUUGAGAAAUUAUCAGAAGUAAAUCCCAUGCUUGGUUUCCGAGGCUGCAGGUUAGGGGUAUCAUACCCGGAACUAACUGAAAUGCAGGCCCGAGCAAUCUUUCAGGCUGCUGUCUCUAUGAGCAGCCAGGGUGUUAAAGUUUUUCCAGAGAUCAUGGUUCCCCUUGUUGGAACACCUCAGGAACUAGGACACCAAGCGAGUUUAAUACGUAGUGUUGCAAAACGUGUGUUUUCUGAGAUGGGGUUGACCUUGAGCUAUAAGGUGGGAACCAUGAUUGAGAUUCCUAGGGCUGCUCUGGUUGCAGAUGAGAUUGCGAAGGAAGCAGAAUUCUUCUCCUUUGGGACUAAUGACCUCACACAAAUGACCUUUGGGUACAGUAGAGAUGAUGUUGGCAAGUUUCUCCCAAUAUACCUAUCCGAAGGCAUUAUCCAACAUGAUCCAUUUGAGGUACUUGAUCAAAAAGGUGUAGGCCAACUCAUCAAGAUGGCCACAGAAAGAGGCCGUGCAGCUAGGCCUAGCUUGAAGGUUGGAAUAUGCGGGGAGCAUGGUGGGGAGCCUUCCUCUGUUGCAUUUUUUGCCGAGGCUGGAUUAGACUAUGUUUCUUGUUCUCCCUUCAGGGUUCCUAUUGCUAGGCUAGCAGCAGCUCAAGUUGCUGCAUAAGGAGAUUCCAUGAGCGGGGCAAGCCUUUACAACUUUGUGCAGCUUGUAAAUAAAUAAGGUUUCCUGUUAAUAGAAUAAUCAGACUUCACCAGAUAUCUGAAGUGAAACGACAAAAAGAAGAGGGAAUGCCUGGGUACUACAGAAUGUGGAGAAGAGGGGAUCAGACUUUCUGCUUUGUAAAUGAUACCAUGGAAGCUUUCUUGUGUCUUUAUUUUUGAUCAAUUAUAUGCAAUGUGAAA